GAGAGCUAUCCUGACCAACUUCUAAACAGAGCAGUGGUGAAGUUUGAGGAGGAAAAAUAAAGACUUUGUGUCCGGUUGAGAGCCUCACUAACCAUUAAACGGACACAGCCUACAGUCCGGCUGCCACUAUGGAUGAUUUAGACGCGCUGCUGGCGGACCUGGAAUCCACUACGUCCCACAUCUCAAAGCGGCCUGUGUUUCUGUCUGACGAGACCCCUUACUCCAUCCCCACCGGAGGACACUCCUACCAGGAUGUGUCAGUCCCUCCUCCGGUCCCUCCUCCACCCUCAGCCGAGGCUCUGAACGGAUCCCUGAUAGAUCAGCCUGACUCCAUCCACUCCUCUCAGCAGUCUUUAGGUUCAGCCCACAAGAGCUCGUGGUCGAGGGACAGCAGCAGCUCGCCGUUGUCUCACAUUGAAGAGGACCACGUCUACAGUUUUCCAAACAAACAGAAAUCAUCCGACUCGUCGACAGCAGCCAUGACUUCUGCUCUGGGGAGUAACCUGUCAGAGCUCGACAGGCUGCUUCUGGAGCUCAACGCCGUGCAGCAGAGCUCGCCUUCAUUCCCCACCACAGAGGAGGCAGCUCCACCCUUACCCUCCUGCAGCAUCACUCACUACGAGAACGGCAGCGCCCCCGACAUCAUGGUGAGCCCUCCCGCUCAGGAGACACCCAACAGAAACGGAACCAGGAUUGAAGACACCCGACCCACCGUGGAGAGUCUGCUGGACGAGCUGGAGGGCUCAGUGCCUUCACCCAGCCCCUCCUCUCGUCACAGUGAUUUGGACACGCCCUCUCAGCAGCAGGCCAGGAUGUCAGCUUCCUGUGCCACGAGAGAGCUGGACGAGCUGAUGGCCUCUUUGUCUGACUUUAAGAUUAUGGCCCAAGGAAAGGGUGGGGUUCCUGGUGGUCCUCCGACUCAGGUCAACAAGCUGGACAACAUGCUCGGCAGCCUGCAGUCGGACCUCAACAAGCUGGGUGUGCAGACGGUCGCCAAAGGAGUGUGUGGUGCCUGCUGUAAGCCCAUUGUAGGACAGGUGGUGACUGCCAUGGGCCGCACAUGGCACCCCGAACACUUUGUGUGCACGCACUGUCAGGAGGAGAUCGGCUCCAGAAACUUCUUUGAGCGUGAAGGUCAGCCAUACUGUGAGAAAGAUUACCACAACCUCUUCUCCCCGAGGUGCUACUACUGCAACGGACCCAUCCUGGAUAAAGUCGUGACGGCGCUGGAUAGGACCUGGCAUCCUGAGCACUUCUUCUGUGCUCAGUGUGGAUCCUUCUUUGGCCCUGAAGGUUUUCAUGAAAAGGAUGGAAAGGCUUACUGCAGGAAGGAUUACUUUGACAUGUUUGCACCAAAAUGUGGAGGCUGUGCCAGAGCCAUUUUAGAGAACUACAUCUCAGCACUGAGCAGCCUCUGGCAUCCUGAGUGUUUUGUUUGCAGGGAGUGUUUCACACCAUUUGUGAACGGAAGUUUCUUUGAGCACGACGGCCAGCCUUACUGUGAGGUGCACUACCACGAACGCCGAGGCUCCCUCUGCUCCGGCUGUCAGAAGCCCAUCACGGGACGCUGCAUCACAGCCAUGUCCAAGAAGUUCCACCCAGAGCACUUUGUGUGUGCCUUCUGCCUGAAACAGCUCAACAAAGGCACCUUUAAAGAACAGAACGACAAACCGUACUGCCACGGCUGCUUCAUCAAACUGUUCAGUUAGAGAGUGAGCGCAUUUAACACGCAAUGUGUGGGGUCUGUGUCUUCAGCAUUUAAAUACAGAUAGUGAGGGGAUGGGAUUCAAGAAGGUUGUGUCUGUUCUGAUGAGGGCAUUGGAAGUGUGUAUGGAUCAGGUAUGUGCAUGUGGUUAAAGCCAGCGCUCUGUCAGACUAAAACUUACAGACAGGUCUACAUCAUUGAAGCUCUUACAGGCUUUGAAUGGGUCGUGUUUGAUGCAGAUAUUUCUCCGCUUUUAAAGGACAGUUAUGAUCAUGAGCUCAAGAAAAUGUACGAAACGGUCACAUGGUGACAUCAACAAGGUUUUCAGAUCAACACUGAUGCAUCGAAGUCAUUUUUUAAAAUCCUGUGUUGAAUCUUGUCUUUUCUGUAAAUCUCUCAACAAUGUGCUUUCAAAUCUUCAAUGUUAUUUUUUUCUGGUAAGAUGGUGAAAUCUUACUGAACACUGUAGAUCUCCAGGAAAUACUCUGCAUGUUUUUCAUUGUUGCUCACUGGUUGAGCGUCUCUCAUUUUAAACCGUAGGGGAGUGUGAAGAUCAGGAAACUUUAGCAAGGAGCAGGUGACUGAUGCUUUUUUAAACAUCAUGUUAUUACAACAGAUGAGUGUUUUUGUUUCAUAGCAUGAAGUUGGCCAUCAUAACACUUUAGCAUCGACUGGAAAUGGCUGUGUAGAUUACUUUGUCUGUGUGAAAUUGAUUGUAAUGUCUUUAGACAUUUACAGCAGCAGUCGUUCAGUCAGUCUGAAAAAAACUGAUUUUUUUAAGUGUUUGUAUCAGAUUGUUUUCACGCUGAGUUUCUUUUAUAAGUGAAUCAACCUAACAGAGUUUAUGAAAGGAAGAGUCUCACGUACACCUGUUUUGAAGCCAAAGUCAAACCAUGCAUUGGUAAAUCUUUUACUGUGACUGUCAAUGAAGUUCACUUUGAAGCGAGCCACCAUGAGCUGCAGUGUUCGAUCUCAGUAACACACGUUUUAACACAUCUCAUGUUUUUGCUGCCAAAUCAUUCCUCAUCUUUUCAGAGAAGAAAAGAGAAACAAUUUGAUGACAGAUUUUUCUCUCAUACAGUGAAGUGGAACUACAUAAAGAAACUGGGAGUAUGUUGUUUAUUUUUACACUGUAAUCACUGUGUCUGAGAAGUCUUUUGUAAAUAUCCUAUGCAGCUAUGUGCGUUUAAUAACCACUUAUUCAAAGAGGGGGAGGCGGCAGGUUGAAAGGCAGAGAAAAGACACUUUGUUCAGUGUCCUUACUGUAUUGAGAAGCUGAUGAAUGUUUGUUAUUUGUGAAAUAAGUACAUAAUGCAAGAAAAUACAUAGAAUUUGCUGUGACAUUACAAACACCUCUGUCAUGUUACUUUAACUGUGGAUUAACACCUUUGUCUUUAAUUAUCAGCAGGCUGUCCUUGCUCUUGAUUCAGCUGGUAACACUGGCAAAUUCAGCUAAAUACUUGCAACAGGUCAAUAGUCCAGUUUUGUUUUCAUAUUAUAAUUCUGUGAGUCCACUGAAAAAUAAAAGCCUGGAGGUCUGUUAGAAGAAAUGGUAGGACUAAGAUGACCCUCAGCGUCUGCGUAGUGUCUACUGUAUUAGAAACAGGUGGGGUCUGUAAAUGGUCAAGGAUCACAUGCAGCAGAGAUGUUGGGCCUUUUGUCGUUUUCAGGGAAUUGUAGAGCCUUAAAUCUCUUCUCACUCUAUUUAAGAGUUACAGUUGUUUAUUCAAAUCAAUCAGUAGAGUGUUAUUUAACCAAAGCCAUACCUUCUUUUCAUUGAUUUUGUGUCUGUUCAAUUAUUUUUUUCUUUUCACUACGAAUGUCAAUAAUUAUGAAGUGGGAGUCCUCACCUCUAGUCUGAUAAUGCCAAUAAAUACUGUUUUGGUAUCCAAA